AUGGGCGCCCUGGUGUUGUGGACGGUGCUGUGUGUUCUGUGCUGGGGCCGUGGGCAGGCGGCGGAUGACAUCGUGGUGGGGUGCGGGGGGUUCGUCAAAUCGGACGUGGAUAUAAACUACUCGCUGAUUGAGAUUAAACUAUAUACCAAACAAGGCACAUUGAAAUACCAGACUGACUGUGCACCAAAUAAUGGUUACUUCAUGAUUCCUCUUUAUGACAAGGGGGAUUUUGUUCUUAAGAUUGAGCCUCCCCUAGGGUGGAGUUUUGAGCCGACCAGUGUUUCCCUCCAUGUGGAUGGAGUGAAUGACAUUUGUACAAAAGGGGAAGAUGUCAAUUUUGUUUUCACAGGAUUUUCAGUGAAUGGAAAGGUUCUCAGCAGAAACCAGGACUUGGGUCCUGUUGGAGUGCAGAUUUCUUUGAGAAGAGCAGGCAGUGGUGUAAACCUACAGACAACCACUACUCAACAAGGGGGAAAGUAUUCCUUUAAUAAAGUUCUUCCAGGAGAAUAUGAAAUUGUUGCAUCACACCCCACUUGGACUUUAAAAGAGGCAACCACAAUGGUUCAGGUGACAAAUUCCAAUGCUCAUGCUACUAGUCCUCUUAUUGUUGCUGGUUACGAUGUUUCUGGUUCAGUUCGUAGUGAUGGGGAGCCAAUGAAAGGGGUCAUGUUUCUACUGUUUUCGUCAACCAUCAAAAAAGAGGAUAUUUUGGGCUGCAAUCUGGUACCAAUUGAGAGCUUUCAGGGCAAAGAUAUGCUGGUAUCUUAUCUGUGUCAUGUCACAUCUAAGGAUGAUGGAUCCUUUACAUUCCUGUCACUACCAAGUGGGGAUUACAGUGUGAUCCCAUUUUACAGAGGGGAGAGAAUUACAUUUGAUGUUGCUCCAUCCAGACUGGAUUUCAUUGUGGAACACGACAGCCUCAGAUUAGAGCCUGUCUUUCAUGUAAUGGGUUUCUCUGUUACUGGUCGAGUUUUAAAUGGACCAGAAGGUGAAGGAGUGGCAGAUGCAGUUGUCACACUGAACAACCAGAUGAAAGUUACAACCAAUGCUGACGGAUCCUUCCGUUUGGAAAACAUGACUGCAGGAACAUAUAGUAUUGACGCAAAGAAAGAACAUGUCUUCUUUGACACGCUCACUGUGAAGAUUGCUCCAAACACUCCGCAGUUGGCAGAUAUUAUAGCAUCUAGAUUUAGUGUGUGUGGAGAUAUCUCUAUUACACACUUUCCAGAAGGUAUGAAAUCGAUGAGUAAAUAUAAAGUUACUAUGACUCCUCAAGACAACGAAAGAACUUCAGUUCUUACUACAGAGUCAGACACUCAAGGACGGUUCUGCUUUCAGGCAAGAAAAGGAUCUUAUAAUAUACAGGUUUCCAUUCCAGAAGUAGAAUUAAAAGCUGGGCUUGCAUUAAAGCCAUCAAUUUACCCAGUGACUGUAAUGGAUAAACAGAUUAUGGAUAUCUCCUUCUCGCAAUUUAUGGCUUCAGUUUCUGGCAAAGUGUCUUGUCUUGAUGCCUGUGGUGACGUAACUGUAACAUUGCAGUCUAUGAGCCGUCAAAGAGAGAAGCGCACCCUGCAGAUAUCUAGCAAGACAGAAGGUGCUACUUUCAUUUUUGAGGAUAUCCUGCCUGGAAAAUACAAAGCGAGCAUUAUCCAGGAAGACUGGUGCUGGAAGAAUAAAUCUGUAGAGUUUGAGGUUACAGAAGACAAUGUUGUUGGUGUAGAGUUCAGACAGACUGGCUACAUGCUAAGAUGCUCCCUUUCACAUGCUAUAACCCUGGAGUUUUACCAGGAUGGAAAUGGACCAGAACAUGUUGGUGUUUACAAUUUAACAAAAGGGGUGAACAGGUUUUGUCUUUCAAAACCAGGUGUUUACAAAGUCACACCACGUUCUUGCCAUCGGUUUGAACAUGCUUAUUACACUUAUGACACAUCUUCACCCAGUAUCCUCACUCUGACUGCAGUGCGACAUCAUGUCCUUGGGGCCAUAACAGCUGAUAAACUAAUGGAUGUCACCAUCACUAUUAAGUCUUCCAUAGACAGUGAACCAGCUCUUGUAUUGGGGCCAUUAAAGUCUAUCGAAGAGACACGUAGAGAGCAGCAGCUAGCUGAGAUUGAAGCUCGGAGGCUGGAGAGAGAAAAAGCUAGUACAGAAGACACUGACAUUCAGCCACCUGUCCAGGAAGUGGUGGAAGAGCUUCAGGGGCCAUUUUCAUAUGAAUUUUCCUACUGGGCAAGAUCUGGUGAGAAGAUUACAGUUACACCAUCAUCUAAAGAACUUUUGUUCUACCCACCUUCUGUGGAGGCUGUUGUUAGUGGAGAAAGCUGUCCAGGAAAGCUAAUAGAAAUUCUUGGCAAAGCUGGAUUGUUUCUUGAAGGUCAGAUACACCCAGAGUUGGAGGGUGUUGAGAUUGUGAUUAGUGAGAAAGGGGCAGCAUCACCACUUAUCACCGUUUUUACUGAUGACAAAGGUUCAUACAGUGUAGGGCCAUUACACAGUGAUUUGGAGUAUACCAUUUCUGCUCAAAAGGAAGGUUUCGUUUUGACUGCUGUUGAUGGAACAAUUGGGGACUUCAAUGCAUUUGCACUUGCAGGAGUCACUUUUGAGAUCCUCUCGGAAGAUGAGCAGCCUUUGGCUGGGGUCCUUUUAUCUCUCAGUGGUGGUAUGUUCCGUUCAAACCUGCUAACCCAAGAAAAUGGGAUGCUGACAUUUUCAAAUCUGAGUCCUGGACAAUAUUAUUUUAAACCUAUGAUGAAAGAAUUUCGUUUCGAGCCUUCCUCCCAGAUGAUAGAAGCGCAAGAGGGUCAACAUUUAAAAAUAAGAAUCACAGGCUACAGGACAGCAUACAGUUGUUAUGGAACAGUGUCCUCCCUAAAUGGUGAGCCUGAGCAAGGAGUGUCAGUGGAAGCUGUGGGACAGAAAGACUGUGCAAUUUAUGGUGAAGAUACAGUCACAGAUGAGGAGGGGAAAUUCAGACUCCGUGGUUUAAGGCCUGACUGUGUAUACCAUGUCCAGCUGAAGGCUGAGGGAAAUGAUCAUAUUGAACGUGCAUUACCACCCUACAGAGCUAUAGAGGUUGGCAAUAUUGAUAUAGAUGAAGUUAAUAUUAUUGCCUUCCGUCAAAUCAACCAGUUUGAUCUAAGCGGAAAUGUAAUGACUUCACCGGAGUACCUGCCUACCUUGUUGGUAAAGCUUUACGAGAGUGAAAAUCUGGACAACCCCAUACAGUCUGUGUCUCUGGGUCAGUCCCUUUUCUUCCAUUUUCCCCCACUGCUCCGAGAUGGAGAGACCUAUGUUGUACAACUGGAUUCCACUCUGCCUAAAUCCCAAUAUGACUACACCCUGCCUCAGAUAUCCUUCAGCACUCAUGGAUAUCACAAACACAUCACUCUGACAUUUAAUCCUACGAGAAAAUUACCUGAACAGGAUGUUGUUCAAGGCUCCUAUCUUGCACUUCCACUGACUUUGCUUCUGCUGUUAGCCGGGUACAAUCAUGAUAAGUUGAUUCCCCUGCUGCUGCACUUGACAAGCCGUCUGCAAGGUGUACGUGCGCUUGGACAGACAGGAGCUGACACUGGCAAUCCAGAGGACGCAAAGAGACUUCAGAAAAGACAAAAGACAAGGAGGACGUAA